AUGGCUGAGUACGUAGCGCUCCAAAACCUGGAGAAUGACGAGGUCGAGAUCGCCGCCGCCACGAGUAGCGACAUCAACAACGACACUCCAAGAUGGGCUCUAGACCCUGAAAAGCAGCCUACAAGCCGGCGGACGCUUUGGAAACAGCAUCUCUAUUCUGCGCUGAUCACGGCUCUGCCUCGAUACAUCAGACCCGGCGGACUACGCGACAGGGAUAUCGGCCCAACGUCCUACUUAGACGCUCUUCGAGGCUACGCGGCCUUCAACGUGUUCAUCUUCCACAUAUUCGGGACGAACAAUCAGAAUGAUUGAAAACAUCAACCGAUCUUGAAUCUUCUCUUCGCAGGUCGGGGAAUGGUCGCUUUGUUCUUUGUCAUCUCCGGCUACGCUCUGGGAUACCGACUCCUGAUCCUGACACGGCAGGGCGACACGGAACGCCUGUUGAACGCACUCGCCUCGUCGACAUUCCGCAGAUACUUCCGGUUGUACCUCUCGAGUGUCGUCGCAU